AUGUACGGAGCUUUAAACCAGUCACUUACAUAUGAAGGAAACACGCACGUGAUCACAGUCGGAGAUGUUUUAAGAUGUAUUGUCAUCAUAAUCAUUAUGUUGCUGAUCAUAGUCGGGAAUGUUGGCUGCCUUGUCGUGUUCAACAGUCCAAAGACGAAAAAACAGUUUAUAAAGCGAGUUAGAUACAUGAUGAACUCACUGUGUUGCACGGACUUGAGCAUGGGGCUGCUAAUGUGUCCAUCAACAAUCUAUCCAGCUCUCAAACAUUGCUGGCCCUUCGGAGUUUUUAUGUGUAAAUUUGAAGCUCUUCUUAUCUCAGCUUUGUUUCAUGAAUCAACAUUAAAUAUGGUGUUAAUAGCUAUCGAUCGUUGCUGUAUCAUACAUUGUUCAAGAUACAACAACAUUAUGACAUCAAAAAGGUUUUUGUUUGUCAUCAUAGGAACCUGGGUGACAGUAUUCACCUGUUAUGCUGUUGUUAUUUUUGGAACAGAUGAAUUUUACUACGACAACAUCGGAAUAAACUGCAAGCUGUUUUGUCGAGAGCCAAAAGUAACGCUUACCGUUCUUAGUAUAUUCUAUUUUGUACCAGCAGUUAUAUUUGUUGUCUGUUAUGGUUCGAUAUACAGGACUGCUACACAGAGAAAGGUUUUGACUGUUUCUCCUGACGAUAAGCAUGGUAAAAUGGUUAACGCUAACAUACGGACAUCGAAAUACCUGGCAGCUAUCACGGGUGGAUUCUUCGUCGCUGUAUCACCGUUCACUCUUUGUACGCUCAUUAUCGUUGCCGCUAAAGUAACGCUUCAGGAUGCAGCCGAUUUCUUUGUCACGUGGUUAGCUCUUAGCAACAGUUUCUGGAACUGCCUGAUAUAUGGAUUAAUGAACAGAAAAUUUCGCCGCGCAGCAUUGAAAUUAGCAUGUGGAAAGUGGAUUAAAUCUAUCAAGGAGUCCGUGUACGUAAAAUCGCACGAUGAAAGCAGGGACUUUAGUGAAGAUUCUACAGCACAUGCUAAUUACAAACGUAGAAUAAGUAACAAGAAGAAGGCCAUGAGUAGAAGUGCCGAUGAGAUGUCAAUUACAGUAACAGGAAGCAUGUCUGCCAGAAAUACACCAAACCAUUCUCCUGCAGCUAUUCCAAAAAUAACACAUACUAGAGUACAACAUAAACAAGUAACAGAACUGAUUCAAGAAACUAAAGGACUGUGA